UGCAUCCUUGGCAUUCUGCGCGGCGAGACGUUACAUCUCUCCUCUGCUUCAUCUUUCAGGCCAACUGCAUCGAUUCUCUCCAAUCUGAUAGUUACUUCACAAACCAGUUUAAACAAUUCGUAGAGUAUUGGCCAAUUCCAGGUUUAGAGAGACCUUAAGAAGCAGUGAGAGACGAAGAGAGGCCAAACACGUCAACAUGGCGCUAGUGAUGACGGUGCUUCAGGCCUUGACGGUUGCCUUCAUGAUCGCCUUCAUUUAUGGCCAAAAUAACAACACAGUCUCCUCUGAAUGUCUGGCUUGCAUAUGUGAGGCGUCAACAAACUGCAACGCCUCGACGACCUGCUUCACUCCUGAACAGAGCGGCGGCUUCUACUGCGGUGCCUUCCACAUCUCCCGAGAGUACUGGUUGGACGCUGACAGGCCCGUUAUUAAAGGCGACAAGCCUGGGUCCAAAGAUUCUUUCAAUAACUGCAUGCUGGACCUUGUAUGUUCCGCCCAAACUGUUGAACGGUACAUGAAGAAGUUUACCAGUGGACGGCGAAGGUUAAAUGGAGACUGCAAUGGUAAUGGAAAAAUCGACUGUGAUGACUUCUUCCGCAUUCACAGACUAGGUGCUUUUAAUUGCGAGAAUCCCUCCAUCCUUAAUUCUACCGCCUACAAGAAGUUUACUACUUGUUGGGACGUGGUUCAAGCAGCCUCUCUGGCGAAGAGCAUCUCUUAGUUUAUUCUCUAUAUCUAUUUAUAUCUUAAUAUGGUCACAUACGUUAAGAUUCAAACGAGGCACUAAGAACUAGGACCUAGAUAAAACAGUAAAAAAUAAACUUAUUGAAUAGCUAGAUUCCGCAAUAACAUAUUAACCUAUUUAUUAUUUUUAAGUGGAGAAUUUAGUCCAUUAUACAGAAAGAUCAAAAAGGCAUAAUACCGUGACCGGAACAAUGUACGAAUAACGAAUAACCCGCACAUAGGAGAGAGGAGCUUGCCACGACGUAUGACUUUGUAAAAGUUCAAGUUGGACUGAAACGUCGUGGUAAGCUCCUCUCUCCGUUAUACUAUAGAAAGUGACCUAAGUAUUACAACACAGCUAUAAGAGUAUAAGUACAAAAUUUAUGAUGUAACAUGAAUGGUAUUAAGGGGUGGAGCUGUAACUUGAAGAAGACCACCGUCACAUGACCGAAAAUUUCAUCGAAUGGUCCAUUAUACCCACGACAGGGAAAACGUCUCCAGUUUCUCUUUCCUUGACGCUGGUGAGGGGCUUUUGAUCUAGGGGACUGGAUCUGUGUUCCAGUUUCCUGAAUUAAGCCUGAAUGCCUUCCACAUCAUCCCCACCCUGGCGCUCUAUAAUCCUACGGGUUUAGCGCUUUCCCCUUGAUUAUAAUAAUAAUAAUUAUCAUCCAGUUCCUCUUAAAUAAAAUACCACUCGGAUCAAGAUUAAAAAAUAAACCUUGGGAUUUGAAGUGAAUUAUAUUUUUAAAACAAUAUUACUUGGAGAUUGUGUCAUGCUUAAGAUUGUUCCUGCUAUAUACGUAUAAACUUAAACUAAUAAUACAAUGCCGUUUUAACAAUUUUGCUGAAUUUGUGUUAAUGAAUAUAAGUGCUAUUUGACAGGUAUUCAUGAAGGCUAUAUUUGUAU